GUGACAAAACACGGAAGUAAAAAGCUUCACUGAAUUUCCAGUCAGGUGAAAGCAAGGCUGAACGUUUGUUACCUCUUGAGUCUUUUAAGCACCAAUAGGCUUUGUUGUUGUCCUGAUGAAUUUUCCUAAAAUGUAAAGUGUGACCAUGACUCAGGCCGAGAAAGAGCAGGACAACGGGAAGGAGAAGGAAAAGGAUCGGGAUAAGGAGAAAGAGAAAGAGAAGGAGCAACAGCGCGGAGUGAAGAGACCCAUCGCUCCUGCAGCUAUCCCUGAACCUGCUCAGGAGCAAAUACAGAGCAAUUUUGUGGUUGUGAUCCACCCCGGAUCCAGAACGCUUCGCAUUGGCCGGGCCACAGACACCCUCCCUGUCACCGUCCCUCAUGUAAUCGCACGGAGACAUAGGCAAGGUGGACAGACCAAGUAUGAAGAUGCUUGGCUGCUGAGAGACGGUCUGAAUAUUUUCUUCCAUCUGGUUUGUCUUCAUGUCCAGCAGAAGGCAGAGAGCAGCGAGCAAAGGCAGAAUGGACUGAAGAUGGUCGACCAGGCCAUCUGGUCCAAGAAGAUGUCCAAUGGUGUGAGAAGGACCCCUGUGUCUGCUGAGCAGGCCAGAGCUUAUAACUGUCUGAUUCGGCCGGCAGUUUUAGACAGCAGUUCAAGAGUGAAGUGGACCAACACAAGCCACCAGCCCAACUAUCUGGUGGGAGAUGAGGCUCUUUAUGUGAAUCCAUCAGACUGUUACAACAGCCACUGGCCCAUCGUCAGAGGUCAGCUCAAUGUGCACUCUGGCUCUGGAGGCUCUCUGACUGCAGUGCUGGCCGAUCUCGAGACCAUCUGGAGCUACGUCAUUCAGAAGCAUCUGGAAAUCCCCCUGAAAGAGUUAAAGUAUUACAGAUGCAUCCUGUUGGUCCCUGACAUCUACAACAGACAACAUGUAAAGGAAAUUGUCAACAUGUUGCUGCAUAAUAUGGGCUUUUCAGCUAUCAUUGUGCAUCAGGAGUCGGUAUGCGCUACAUUCGGCAGUGGGUUGAGCAGCGCUUGUGUAGUGGAUGUAGGCGAUCAGAAGGCCAGCAUCUGCUGUGUUGAGGAUGGAGUAUCCCAUCGAAACUCAAGGCUUUGUUUGGCAUAUGGCGGUUCAGAUGUGACCCGCACUUUCUUCUGGCUCCUGCAGAGGGCAGGGUUUCCCUACAGAGACUGUCAGCUGACCAACAGGCUGGACUGUCAGCUUCUUCAGCAUCUAAAGGAGACCUUAUGUCAUUUGGAUCAGGACAUAUCAGGAUUACAGGAUCAUGAGUUUCAGACACGUUUCCCAGAGGCCCCUGCUCUUUUGUACCAGAUUCGACUUGGGGAUGAAAAAUUACAGGCACCCAUGGGUCUUUUCUACCCAAGCACAUUUGGCAUUGUUGGUCAGAAAAUGACAUCACUACAGCACCGCUCCCAAGGCAACUCCGAAGAUCCCCAUGAUGAACACUACCUGCUGGCCACGCAGAGCAAAGGGGACCAGUCCUCCAAAUCUGCAGAGAGGAAGGCUGUGUCCAGGCCAGGUGGGGGUUUGGAUGGUGAGAUGGGCUGUCAGGGAAGAAUGGGGGAGAUGUCUGACAUGCCCAGAGGCUGUGGAAGUGGUAGUGGGGGUGCUGUAGGAGGAGGGAUGCUUGGAGAAAUGGAGCUGGGACCUGCCCAGGGGGAGUGUCUGAUGGGGUCAGGAGAAGUAGAAGAACCUCUGUCUACACACCUCUCCAGGAAGACGGCCAUCAUUAGCCAGUUUGAGAGCAAAGCCUUGGGGCUGGACAAGGCUAUCCUGCAUAGCAUCGACUGCUGUGCAUCAGACGAAACCAAACGAAAGAUGUACAGCUCCAUCCUGGUUGUGGGAGGAGGCCUCAUGUUUCACGGUGCUCAGGAAUUUCUGCUCCAUCGUAUCAUCAACAAGAUGCCACCGUCCUUUAGACGGCUGGUCGACAACGUGGAAGUCGUCACACGGCCAAAGGACAUGGACCCCAGGUUGAUUUCAUGGAAGGGGGGAGCAGUGCUUGCGUGCCUGGACACCACGCAGGAGAUGUGGAUUCAUCGGACGGAGUGGCAGCGCUUCGGUGUCAGAAUGCUUCGAGAAAGAGCUGCAUUCGUCUGGUGAACCCAAAUGGAGGUUCUGAAGCUACAACUCUCCGUUUAUACGUCAGAAGGCAGACUGAAGAAAAGGAACAAACUGAAUAUGACUUAUUCAGUAUGUAAAGGAGUUUUGUGAUAUGAAAGGUUUGCUGUUUAUAACCUAGAUGAGGUCAUGGAUAUGUAACCAUCAAAGUGUUUUUAAAUGGAGUUUUCAUUGUUUAUGUUCUGUAGAGUCAUGUAAUUUUCAUGCAGGUCUGGAAGUUUGAAUAAAUCAGUGUAAUGCGAAAAAAAUAAUAAUUUGAAAGAAAUUACCCUUAUUUUUUUGGGAUUUAAUGCAUAACAGAAAUGUUCUCUCUUGCCUGAGCCAAAAUGUUUAGGUAUUGCUGUAUAUACAAUUUAACUAAAUACCUGAACUGUUUUUUUCCAGACACCAAAUAAUUUGCACUAUGGAUUCAACUGUGUAUAAUGUGAUAAACCCAGAGAAUAAAAACCACUUUCUCUGCUUUA